UUGAUGAGUUAAUUCCAUUGCUCAAAGAGAAGUUCCCUGAAUUUGAUUUGGAGAAAAAAGAUUGUUUUCAAGAGCCUGUUGUGGACUGUAGUAACAGACCUUGCAUUAAAAAAGAAUGUCGUGAAUCUUCAUGGAUUGGAUCAGUCUUGUAUUUCUAUGGUAGGAGAACAAAUGAGUCACUAGAAGUUUUGCUAGAAAAGAGUAUUCCAAUACAGAAGAAUUAUUUUAAAGCUACAUCUGAUUUUGUGAAGACUCCAGUUCCAGAAAAAGGUUGGAAAAUGGUGGAAAAACUGUUCUUGGAAGAAGAAAGACCUCAGAUGAUAAUGGAGCCAUUAGGUGGAAAAUUAGAUGAAAUUUCAGAAUCUGAAAUUCCAUUCUCGCAUAGAAAGGGCAAUUUGUAUAAUAUUCAGUAUUUGGUCAACUGGGGUGAUAAUAGUGAGAGUGUAUCAAGUCAGAAGAUAGCAUGGAUGAGGAAACUCUACAAGAAAAUGGGGCCAUAUGUUGCAAAAUCUCCAAGAACUGCUUAUCUGAAUUACAGGGACCUUGAUUUUGGAACAAACCAAGAGGACUACAGCUAUUCCAAGGCCAAAAUCUGGGGUGAAAAAUACUUUAAUGGCAACUUUGAGAGAUUGGCCAAAAUAAAGAGUAAGGUGGAUCCCAGCAAUUUUUUCAGAAAUGAACAAAGUAUUCCACCUUAUCAUACUUAA